ACAUUUUUGGAUCAUCAAAAUGGGUCUCAUUAUCAUCACCCUGAUGGUCAUGAUCAUACAAGUUGCAUCAACAUCGUCCGAUCAAAUAGAUAUCCUCACUCCUCUUUGCAUCAGUGAAUGCUCCACCUGUCCCACCAUCUGCUCUCCUCCUCCCUCCAAACCGUCUCCCUCCACGUCACCACCUCCGUCUCCCUCAUUGCCAUCAUCCUCUCCCCCACUGCCGCCACCUCCGUCUCCCUCAUUGCCGUUAUCCUCUCCUCCACCGACACCGCCACCGCCUCACAAACGCUCUCCACCAUCACCUCCUCCACCCUUAAUCACAGUCAUCCAACCGCCACCACCAAGAUUUUACUAUUUUGAGUCCACACCUCCACCUCCACCGCUUUCUUCCGAUGGAAAAGGUUCACCACCAUCAUCGCCAUCGCCGCCUCCGUCCCCAAAGGGGCAGCAGCCUCCUUACCCAUAUCCUUAUUUCUAUUUCUAUACGGCAUCAAAUGCCACUUCUCUCCUUUCUUCUUCUUUCUUAAUUUCUCUUUUUAUAUUUUGUCUAUCUAUUUUGCUUAAUAACGCUUAGUUAGUAUAAAAGACUCUACUAUAUUGUAAGUUUGUAACAUACUACUUAAAUCCUAUUGUU